GAGAACGUAGCCUUCCCCAAGUAUCCCGUUGAGUCCUUGCGUUCCAACGUGUCCCACAAUGGUCUUGCCAAAAGCCAACCCCACCAAAUCCUUCUGGAUCGAGGCUGCUGAAUCGCCACUGCGGAACUUUCGUUCCAGCGAAUAUUUACCAGAGGAGACAGAUGUAGUAAUUGUUGGCAGUGGUUAUGCAGGUGCAGCAACUGCUUAUUGGAUCCACAAAUAUACAGAGAAAGCUUCGAAGCAGCCUACAAUAACCCUUCUAGAAGCACGAGAUAUCUGCGGAUCUGCUACCGGAAGAAAUGGGGGCCAAUUGAGACCACAUGCUUAUUCUCGUUAUCCGCCAUGGUCGGAAAGAUUUGGACCUAAUGGCGCGAUGGAGCUUAUUGCACAUGAGAUGGCCCAUUUACCGGCAUUCAAGGACCUGGCUGCUGAAGAGGGUAUCACUGAAGAAGUGUGCCUCAAAUUCGGCGAGACUUUUGAUGCUGCCAUGACCGACGAAGCCUGGGCACGACUCAAAGGCGCUUUGGAAGCUAUGCGCAAAGACCAUGGCGUCGACCAUGAAAUCGUCAAAGCCUGCAGGAUCAUUGAUGACGCCCAGGAAGCAGAAGAGUUUUCACAGAUGAAGGGAGCUCUUGCAGCAAUCGUGCACCCUUCGGGGCAAAUAUAUGCAUACAAGUUUGUGCAUGAACUUCUGCGCAUUGUUCUGGAGAAGGGUAAUCUUAAUUUGCAGGCGCACACACCAGCCUCAAGUAUAUCCGAGCGGGAUGCCAACGGUUGGAUCACGGUCAAGACCGGUCGAGGGACUAUGCGUACCAGGGCAGUAGUUCAUACGACGAACAGAUGGGCUUCUCAUCUUCUACCAGAAUUCGAAAAGCUCAUAAUGCCCGUCCGAGGAACUGUGGCUGCGAUCAAGGCACCCGCAGGGUUUAUAAAGCACACGGGUGCUCAGCACUGGGAUAAUCGCGUGAAUAACUAUCAUCUCCAGCUCCCAGCGCCGUAUAACACCAUCCUCAUAGGAGGAGCAAGACAACUCCUCGUCCACAAAGCCGACGACUGCGUUCUGAACGACGAAGAAGACAAGCCCAUGACUGGUGUAGCAGAGUUUUUCAAGUCUUGGCCCGCCUCAGAUGUCACAGAUUGGCCAGGCUCAAGCUGUGCAGAGCUUGGUUUGAAAGACGACCAAGGCGGCUCUUGGACUGGAAUUGAAACUUCAAGUGCAGAUGGUUUUCCAUUUGUCGGACCUGUCCCAAACCGUGACGGCCACUUCAUCGCCGCGGGCUUCGCUGGACACGGCAUGCCUCGAAUUUUACUCUCAGCUGAUCAUGUUGCGCCCCUUGUAUUAGAGUCUAUCGGCGCCGAGUUCAGCCAACCACUGCUCGCUACCGCAUAUCCUCCCUUGCCCCAGCCGUUUCGUACUACUCCUGAACGGGUUGCAGCGCUUCAGGGUACAGAUUUUGCUGUGAUCGUUGACGACUACAGAAGAGGCUGCGCGGAGAGUGCGAAAAAGCCUUUUUGUAACAUUUCGAGAGUUAGUUUAAAGGCUUGAGGGGUUGAAGUGUUUCGGCUAGGGUCAGCUGAGGUUGACAAGCGUGGUGCAAUGCGUAGAUCUCAACGUGAUAGCUUGUAGGCAGCGACGCAGCGGUCCUUACACAAGGGCUUAUUGUAUUCACAGUACUGCUAGAAAAAUGAGCAGCUCCUGC